GUGUGCGGCUAUUUUGCUAAGAUAAGCAAGCAAUGGGUGAUAAAUGGGUAAUGACGGCCAUGGUAAGAUAAGCUCUUUGCUCGUGGGUAGUGGAAUGGGUAAUGAUGGCCAUGAUAAGAUAAGCUCUUUGCUCGUGGGUAGUGGAAUGGGUAAUGAUGGCCAUGGUAAGAUAAGCUCUUUGCAGUGUGUGGGUAGUGAAAUGGGUAUUGACGACCAUAAUAAGAUAAGCUCUUUGCUAUGUUAGGGUGAAGCAAUUGGUACUGACAAUCUUUAAGAGAUACGCUCCUUGCUUUGUAUGGGUAUUGAAAUGGGUAUCAUAUUAGCAGCGGGCGUGUUAAUGAUGAAAAAUGGUGUUCAUUAUACCAAAUAGAUUGUAGAAAUAAGCUAAUAUUUAUUAAUGGGUCCUAGCCACUCUUGAGUUUGUUGAAAGAUCAGUCACCUUAAAGGAAAACCAGGGCGUGGUCGUACUAAGCGUGCGACUUCUUGGCAAAACAUUGAUUCCUGUUUUUUUCAAUUUAUCUACAAUAAACAACACAGCCUUUGGUAACCGUGAUUUCCCAGCCUUCGUGGAAAAGACGUACAGCUUUGGGCCGUCGAUCUCUGGGAACACUUCAAUGGAAAUUGAGAUCAACGUUACUAAGGAGGUGUUAGUGGAGCACCCUGAACGAUUUGACAUCGUCAUGACAACUAACCAGCCCUUUGUAACUGUGGUGGAGAACAAGAGCAUGAGCGAGAUUCAUGUACAAAACGACGAUGCAGUGCUGAUAGGGUUCAUGACGUCGCUUCAGACCGUCGUCGAGGCCAAGGGAUUUGUGAACGUGUGUGUGGUGGUGGAAAGAGGGCUACCAGAGAUUCCACUCUAUUACAAUGUGAGCACGACUCACAUCGACACAACAGUUGGUAGAGACUUCAUACCGCUGACCAACUUCACAGUACUUAUACCGGAUCGGUCAAUUAUCUCCUGUUUCACGGUGACAAUCGAAGAGGAUCACGUGACUGAGCUUGACGAGAGUUUCGGCAUAUCGCUUUCGAGUGAUUAUUUGGAUGUGACUGUCGACGAAAAUCGGAAUUCAACUGUAAUCACAAUCCUGAACGACGAUAAAGUGACAAUGGAGAUUGAUGGUCCAGUCAGUCGAUCUCUGACAGAAGGCGAAAAGACCGUGGUGUCUGUUGUCGCUAAAGGACACUACGAUAUCCCUUUAUCUAUCUUAAUUGCUCCAAAUAAGACGUCUACAGCAGAUGAUGGGGAUUUCAGAUUCACAUCCUUAUACUGGCCUAUCGAUAACCAGUCUUUGCCAGAGGUUGCGGACUACCACGCCUGGAGAUUACCAGUCCCCCAAAGCCUAGCGCAUAACAUGACCAUGGUAUUCAACAGAGGGGCAAAACACGUCGCCAUUGAAGUAGAGAUCCCGGUCGACAGGCAGUCGGAGUCCAUGGAGACGCUAGUGUUGUCACUCCUGAGCCUUGACCCAUCCAGAGUUGUGUUUGGAAACAAUCGAACAGUGGAACUUAGUAUCGAGAACACGGCUUAUCCUGAAACAAAGGCACAGGCAGGAGCGCUAGCCGCGCUUCUUGCUGUGUCAAUUGUGGUUCUAAUAAUCAUCUCAGUGGUUAUCCUUGCUGCGUGCUGCAUUGUAAAGCUUGUCAAGUAAGGCGUAACUUACCAUGGCCGAUGUAGACGAGGAGAAAUACACAACACACAGGCUGAUUUAGACAGCACGAUUUAGUCGUAUGCAACCUGCCUACGACCUGUCUUACCCCAGAAUUACACGCUACGACUUUCACAGUCGAGUAUCGCAGCGGAGUCGUAGGCUGAUUUACACUCUCUGCGACUCGAGUGGUGUCAAGUCGAGAAGUGAAAGUUCUUAUAGCACAUAAGCAUUCUCGGGAACCGAGGGCGUGGAGGUCAGCGCAACGAUGCGCGAGAACAAGAAUGUCUCCUCCCUCCUUUCUCUUCCAUCCCACCCCCUUCCCCCUCCGACGCCUCGUUUUUGCAACUCUUUACCGCCUUGUGUUCCCGAGGAUAGGUGACAAGGUCAUAAAGGUCAACCAAAUGCAAAACAAAUACUCAAAAAUCUUCUAAUUUCAUUCCUGCUAUUACAGUCUUUUAUCGUUAUCAAGACAAAUUAUUUUCACCAAGUGUGUUCGCAAGAACACAGUUAAACGGUAUAGAAAUGAACCAAAGUAACGAGAGUAAUGCUACCCUCAAUACGCUAGAAAAAAAAACUAAAACAAAGAUCACUUACACUUUAAAUGCUUCUUGUGACGAAUAAGGCCCAUACAUAGGUCGUCGACAUAAGAAAGCUAUAACAGUGGCGUAGCCAGGAUUUUUAACAAAAGGAGGCUCAAAAGGCCCUUUCAAGGCAUUUUCUCCUGUGUUUUAGUAAAUGUCUCAUACAUUUACUGUAUUUUUGGCUGCUAGAAGGGGGGGCCCGGGCCCCCUUGGCUACGCCCCUGGCUAACAUAUAAUCUGAAUUUGUAUUUAGAAGCAAUAAAUCACGUGCAACACCAAGUAAGCGAAGUAACACACCAUCGAAAACUGUAAAUUCCAAGGCAAAUAAAGUCGAUUUUUUAAAUGGU